AUGGCGAGUACUACUGCUGAAACUGCGCGUGAAUUGAUUGCGAGGGUACGAGCGUGCGCAGCUCGUUUCUUUUGGGGGAGGAAAAACGAUCUGGACCCACCUGUCUGGGGAUAUCAGUGCCUUGCAUCAAAGAGGAUGCCAACGAAGAGAAAUGCCGUCAUGGCUCAAGUCGGGAGGAGUUCUAUUGCCUUGUAUUUUGCCUUAAUGUUGUGUUGGGGCUGCGGGGAAUUGGGGGCACGGGGGUGCGAGACGGAUUGGGGGAAGCAGCGCAACUCCAGGUGGGAAUUGAGCUGCGCAGGUCACAGUAGCUCCUUGCGGCGCCGGAGUCAUGCUCUAGCGAUCCAGGGGAUGCUGAGGUGCGUGGUUCUCUCGGGAUACGGUCUAGCUCAGAGAUAG